AUGGCCUCUUCAACAGCUACCGCAACACCCUCAAGACUUAAUACAUUUGAGAGACCACUUUCACAUACUGCAUUUGAAAAGCGUGUCGACAAUGUAAAGCCAAUGAAAAGUGACAUCAAUGCUUUGAUAUUAGAUUAUCUCACCACCGAAGGUUAUCCAUCUGCAGCUGCAAGGUUCUCUAAAGAAGCGAAUCUCAAGCCACAACAAGCAGAAGAAUUUGUCAAAGCUCGUCAAGCUAUUCAGCAUUUCAUACAUCUGGGAAGCAUACAAGAUGCUAUCGAUGCAGUCAAUGAGUUGGAUCCCCAGGUUCUCGAAAAUAAUCCAGGCCUCCAUUUCUCACUCUUGCGACUACAACUGGUUGAGCUCAUACGGACUUCCGGCAGUGAUGUUGCUCCUGUCAUAAAUUUCGCCAGGAAUCAACUUGCACCUCGAGCUGCAACCAAUCCAGACUUUUUAGAGGACCUUGAAAGGACAAUGGCUCUACUAGUCUUUCCGCCUGAUAACCUGGAGCCAAAGCUAGCUACUCUGAUACACCCUGACCUUCGAAGGUCUGUCGCAGAUAAAGUUAACAAAGCUAUACUACAAUCUCAGAAUAAACGUCGAGAUGCGGCCAUUAGAAAUCUUGUCCGCCUACGUGUCUGGGCUGAGAACACUGCACGGGUUGCAAAAAAGGAGAUACCACCUAUCAUCGAGCUGGGUCUCGAUAAUGAUGAUCAUGAUAAUAUACAUGGUGAUGGAUCCCAUGCGCAACAAACAAUGAAUGAAGCAAUGAUGAUGGCAUGA